AUGAAUGUUAAGUGGAUCAUCGCUGUCACACUUCUGUUAAUUGCAGACAAAGAUGGCGUUUUGGGAAAAGACGUACGAGUGAAACUUUGUGGCCGUGAGUUUAUCAGGAUGGUUGUGACAUUGUGUGGAAGUUCACGACUGAGACGCUAUGCUCCUGAGAUUAACCCUGUGUCCAUCAGUCCUUACGCAUUUCAAUACAACAGUGAUCUGUUUUCCAAUCUGACACAAAUAAAGAGCACCAGUGAAGAUCAGACAAUCAGCAAAUCACCAGAAAAAGUGUUAAACUCUUCAGUAUCAUCUUUUCUCAAAAUCAUGGAGUCUACAGAACAUUCAAGCUCCAGGCUGCAGCGUGACGUCGGUCCUGCAGGAGUGUGCUGCAGAUCCGGAUGCACCAAGACUGAGCUGGUUCAGUACUGCUGAACAUAAACACUCAACACUGCUGAACAUAAACACUCAACACUG